CUUCUUCUUCUCGGGGAGUGUGUGCUGACCAAAGCAAAGCCUCUCUCUCUCUCUCUCUUCUGCGAGAGUUGAAGAAGAUGGGAAGAGCGUUCGUGUACGUGAUACUCGGGGGAGGCGUCGCCGCCGGCUACGCCGCCCUCGAAUUCGCCGACCGCGGCGUCCCCCCCGGCGAGCUCUGCAUCAUCUCCGAGGAGCCGGUUGCGCCAUAUGAGAGACCUGCAUUAAGCAAAGGCUAUUUGUUACCAGAAGCUCCUGCACGGCUUCCAUCAUUCCACACUUGUGUUGGUGCAAAUGAAGAAAGACUAACUCCGAAGUGGUACAAAGAACGCGGAAUUGAGUUGGUGCUUGGAACUCGUGUUAAGUCUACUGAUGUGAGGCGGAAGACACUAUUGACAGCUACUGGAGAGACAAUAAGCUAUAAAUUUCUUAUCAUUGCAACAGGUGCACGGGCUCUACAGCUUGAAGAAUUUGGAGUGAAUGGAUCAGAUGCUGAAAACGUAUGCUGUCUACGGAAUUUAGCUGAUGCAAAUAGAAUUGUUGAUGUGAUGCAAUCAUGUAGAGGUGGCAAUGCUGUCGUCAUUGGUGGUGGUUACAUAGGAAUGGAAUGUGCAGCAUCACUUGUGAUCAACAAAAUAAACGUAACAAUGGUUUUUCCUGAAGCACAAUGCAUGGCCCGCUUAUUUACACCAAAAAUUGCAAGUUUCUAUGAGGACUAUUACGUGUCCAAAGGAGUGAAGUUCGUUAAAGGAACUGUACUGUCAUCAUUUGACUUUGAUUCUAAUGGAAAGGUCACCGCUGUCAUUCUUAGGGAUGGUAGUCGGCUACCUGCAGACAUGGUUGUGGUUGGGAUUGGAAUUCGUCCAAACACGAGCCUGUUUGAAGGACAGCUCACAUUGGAGAAGGGUGGUAUCAAAGUCAAUGGACGGCUGCAAUCAAGCAACAGCUCAGUGUAUGCUGUUGGAGAUGUUGCCACAUUUCCAGUCAAAUUAUUUGGGGAAACUCGUAGGCUUGAGCAUGUUGAUUCGGCACGAAUAUCAGCACGACAUGCCGUUGCUGCAAUAAUGGACCCAGAAAAGACGGGGGAAUAUGAUUACCUCCCAUUCUUCUAUUCUAGAGUCUUUACAUUAUCGUGGCAGUUCUACGGGGACAAUGCAGGGGAAGUCAUCCAUUUCGGUGAUUUCUCAGGAAGUAAAUUUGGUGCAUACUGGGUAAGCAAAGGCCACCUAGUGGGUUCGUUUCUCGAAGGUGGCACCAAGGAAGAUUACGAGGCCAUAGCCAAGGCCACCAGGCUCAAGCCUGUGAUCGUUGACUUGGCCAUGCUGGAAACUCAGGGCUUGGGAUUUUCACUAGCUGUUAGUCAAAAACCAUCCGCUUUGCCUCCUGUUGAAAUUAGCAUUUCCACUUCCACUGUCGUUUUGGAGAAACCAGUCUACGUUUGGCAUGCAACAGCCGGUGUGGUGGUGGCCGCAUCGGUCGCUGCGUUUGCCUACUGGUAUGGGAGGAGACGCCGAAGGUGGUGAGGACCUAAUUUGUCAUCUCUGUUCUUCCAAGUUGCUCGCAAAUCGAUACCCCUGUUGUAGCAUUCGAUAGAUUACGAUAAUUCAAUUUACUUGAUGAGGUGCGAUCAUUCCUUAGAGCCAAUAGAGGAAAAAAGGAAGCUGCUAUGUUUUUCAUGCCGUGGAGUACAAGAGUAGAUCCGUACACGAGCAUUGUAAACUAUUAUUCCUAGUGUAAUUUUACUCGAUGAUUAUCUGAUAUAGUUGGUCUAGUUAGCUGA